AUGGCUGGGCAAGGAAGUGGAGGUGAGAGAGGGGGGGGGGGUCCAAAAAGGGUCAGCAUGACCCUUGCCAUUCGGCAAGGCUGGGCCUCCGACUUGGAGUUGGGCUGUGCGUUGGCAGCUUUCUACCCAGGCACCGUGGCUUUAGUACCAUUGGGGCUAGGCUUGCUUCGGCAAGGAGGGCUUGGAGCGGGGCAUUUAGUUAGGCGGACCUGGAGCUGGCCCGUUGUCACACCAUGUAGACUUGGAGCUAGGUCUAUAAAUUUAGGAGGUUGGGCCUCUUAUCCCUCGAGCCCAACGAGAGUUGGGCAAGUACAAGGAGUUGAGAGGGAAGAAAGUGAGAAGGAGAAAAAGAUUUCUGGUGAGAUUUUGGUGGUGGUGCUAGGGCCAAGGAGAUUUUCGCGUGGUGGUGCAAACAAGAUGUCUGAGAGUGAAGAGGCCAGUGAGUAUGUUUGUUCUGAAGAUGAGAGUUCCCAGACAGAGGGUUUUGUAGAAGGGCUUAUAGAAGCUAGGAUGGUAGUUCAUAAGGGUGAGAUGGCUGGGCCAUCAGUAGAGUCUGGGUCAGAGGCAUAUAGAGAGAUGCAGAAGAAGUAUAAAGUGUUAUAA